AUGACUAAGAACAAGGAUGUUGUUGCCGGGGAAACUGACAGGAAACAGGCUAUGAGCGGUGGUGCAGAUAAUGACGCACUUGAUGAGACGGACUCAGAGUUUGAGGAAGAAGAUUUUAAUCAGCAUGAUUUCGAGAUGGAGCAACUGUUGAAUAUGUUUAGGAUACCGAUAUACUUAGAGAAAUUUAUGUUAUUCACAUUACUAGCCAGCUACGAUUGGUUUUUGUAUUAUUUUACUGAGCUGCCAUACAAUGUUUGUCGAUACCAUGUCAGGUCGAUAAAGAAUAGCCUCUUGUCAAUAUUGGGAAGAAAUAAAAAACAGAAUAAAGUGCAAUCGCUACCGAAGCAGUUGAAAAAACAGCUGAAAGAGCAACAAUCUAAGAUGUUCCAAGACAAGUGUACAAUGUUUUUAAUAAUUGCAUCCUCUAUCCUCUUGAGUCCGCUAGAUACUUCAAAAGUAUAUCACAGAAUAAAGAGACAAAGUACAGUCAAAUUAUAUGUUCUGUUUAGUUUGCUUGAAAUGAGUGACCAAUUACUCUCUAGUGUAGGUCAAAGCUUACUUACAGUGGUAAUUUCUCAUAAUUGUUACAAGAGACUAAGGCACAGGCAAUUUUUUCUUUUAUUUUUAGGAGUUGUAUAUCUAACAUGCCAUGGGUAUGUGUUGGUAUACCAGACAAUCUCCUUGAAUAUUGCGACCAAUUCAUGUUCAAAUGCGUUACUCACAUUAUUACUGUCUAUGCAAUUUUCGGAAAUUAAAGGUUCUGUUUUCAAAAAGAUUGAUAAAGAGGGUCUCUUUCAAAUAGGGAUGUCUGAUGUUGCCGAGAGGUUCAAGUUGCUUUUAUUUCUAUCAAUUAUUGGCCUCAGGAAUAUUGUAGCCAAGUCAAGGAACAUAUCUAGCGUGAUACCCUUUACUUGGUGUCUCAACAUCACUUCAUCAGGGAUCCAAAACAGUCCCACUUUGAAUGUCAUUGGCAGCGAAAUCAUUGUCGACUGGAUUAAACAUGCAUAUAUUACAAAAUUUAACCGUAUACGUCCGGAGAUGUACGAUAAGUUUUAUUUUAUCGCUUAUAGAGAUUACACACAAAAUGGUACUCAAUACCAAAACCGUCUGGGGAUACCACUGCCAGCCUCGGUAGUCUUGUUUUUGACAAUGCUACGGCCAGUAUUCUUCCAGCCUGCAGAAGAUUCCAGUGGGAUGUUAAGUAUUGUUAUCACAUUGCUUGGGAGUGCAGUGAUCAUUCUACUAUCGAAGACUUUGUUACAUUGGAUCUUAGUGCAAUGGUCUCGUAGUAUCCAACGCCGGUUCCCAGACGGCGAAUACAACACAAUGGUAAACUCAGAGAGCUAUGUGCCAGGUAUUAUUAGCACUGGACUGAGCAAAAUGGACGAGAUAACGAGGGAACUGAUAAAUUACGAAAAGAAGACCGAUUCAAGGAGCCCCUCCACAGAUUCAUUCAUGCUCUCUAGGCAAUCGCCGCAAUCUUCUCGUGAAGCAACGCCUGAGCCACACACAGACUUCUCUGACUCAAACCGUGAUGCAAGUCUCUUGCCAAUACCAAUUCUAACCAACACAGCUACCCCCGAUCAAUCCCUCGAAGGUGUAACCAGAUACAAGAUGGUCUCAAAACGGAUAUGGUAG